AUGCAGACGGCCACCGGUGUUGACAUUGCUGCCCUCACCCGUGCGGCCAACGAGGCCAGAGGUCUUGCCAUGGACUCGAUCGCUGCCGCCAAGUCUGGACAUCUUGGUCUUCCCCUUGGCUGUGCUGAGAUCGGAGCCGUCCUUUACUCGGACUUCCUCCAGCACAACCCCAAGGACCCCCAGUGGCUCAACCGCGAUCGUUUCGUUCUCAGUGGAGGCCACGGAUCCAUGUUCUUGUACUCCUGGCUCCACAUCUCCGGCUACAACCUCCCCAUGAGCGAGGUCAAGAACUUCCGCCAGCACCAUUCGAUGACCCCCGGCCAUCCCGAGUUUCCCAACUCCGAGCACAACACCCCGGGUAUCGAGGCCACCACCGGCCCCCUCGGCCAGGGCGUCGUCAACGCCGCCGGUAUCGCUGCUGCCCAGAAGAUGGAGCAGGCUAUGUUCAACACCAAGGACCACACACUCUUCGACUCGGUGACCGUUGCUCUUUGCGGAGACGGCUGCCUCCAGGAGGGAGUCUCUGCUGAGGGCGCUGCCUUCGCCGCCCACGAGGGUCUCGACAACCUGAUCAUCGUCUACGACUCUAACGACGUGACCCUCGACAAGAUGGCUGAGUACACCCAGUCUGAGGACACCGCCGCCCGCUACACUGCCUACGGGUGGGAGGUCGUUACCAUCGAUGGACAUGACAUCAAUGCUGUCAAGAACACCCUCGACAAGUUCCGCUCUUCCAAGAACGGAAAGCCCAAGCUUCUCGUCUGCAAGACCAUCAUCGGCAAGGGUAUCGAUGAGGUUGCCGGAACCAACGCUGCUCACGGAGAGGCUGGCGUCAAGUACGUCGCCGAGGCCAAGAAGAAGCUCGGCCUUACCGAGCCGUGGCAGGUCUCCCAGGACACCUACAAGUACUUCGAGGGUGUCCAGAAGAGACUUGGCUCCAAGUACGACGCCUGGAAGCAGACCUACAACAGCUGGAAGUCUGUCAACGCUGACAAGGCAAAGCUUCUCGAGAUGCUCCAGUCCAAGAAGACUCCCUCCGCCGCGGACAUGUUCAAGGCCAUCCCCGAGAUCUCCAAGGGCAAGGACAUCGCCACCCGUGAGGCUGGUUCCAUCGUCAUCAACCACAUCUCCGACCUCGUCCCCCAGUUCCUCUCCGGCUCUGCUGAUCUUCACGGAUCCAACAAGAACUACAUCAAGAACGGAGGAAACUUCGGCAGGGGCUUCGACAAGACCUACACCGGCAAGAACUUCUACUUCGGAAUCCGCGAGCACGCUAUGGGAGCCAUCAUGAACGGUAUCGCCUUCCACGGCCUCUACCGCCCCUCCGGCGCUACCUUCCUCGUCUUCGUCGACUACAUGCGCGCAAGCAUCCGCGUCGCUUCCCUCGCCGAGCUUCCCUGCACCUACAUCCUCACCCACGACUCCAUCGGUGUCGGCGAGGACGGUCCCACCCAUCAGCCCGUCGAGACCACGGCCUCCCUCCGCGUCAUCCCCAACCUCGACGUGAUCCGCCCAGCUGAUCCCGAGGAGACCGUCGGCGCCUACGUUCACUCCCAGCAGAGGAAGGACGGACCCACCGCUCUGAUCCUCACCCGCCAGAACGUUAAGACCCUCGACUCCGUCCCAGCUCAGACCCGCCGUGAGGGAGUUCUCAAGGGAGCCUACGUCCUCAAGAAGGAGACCGGAGCCCUCAAGCUCAUCAUCCUCGCCGCUGGUUCCGAGGUUCAGCACGCCAUGGCCGCUGCCGACGCUCUCGGCGAUGGCAUCCGUGUCGUCUCCGUUCCUUCCAUGAACAUCUUCAACAAGCAGCCCCAGUCCUACAAGGACGAGGUCCUCCCCCCCUCCUGCACCAAGCGCGUUGCCAUGGAGGCUGGAGUUGGCAGCAUGUGGUACCAGUACGUCGGCCUCCAGGGCAAGGUUGUCAGCGUUGAGCGCUUCGGCUUCUCUGCCCCCGGAGACAUCGUGAUGAAGGAGCUCGGUAUGACUGCUGAGAACUUGAUCAAGGAGUGCAAGGCCUACAUGUAA